AUGGAGUCAUGUGAAGUAUCAGAGAUUCUCAAAUCGGCCAAAAACAUAUCCAAAACAGUUUUCCUCUUUCCCCUCACAGCAUUCAUCCUUGUCCUUCUUCUUCCUCUCCUCGUUUACUUCAACCAAUCAUCUUCAAAGAUUCUCUUCACAACCACAGAUGUUGAAAAUCAAACAACAACAACAACAAGUAGUUGCAACAAUUUGUUUUCUGGAAAAUGGGUUCCGUAUCUAGAACAACGUUAUUACAACGAAACGUGUCCUUUUAUAGCAGAGAAACAAAACUGUCUGAUUCAUGGAAGACCAGACAGUGAUUUUCUUAAAUGGAGAUGGAAACCUGAUGAUUGUGAGCUUCCUAUGUUUGAUGCAAAAGUGUUUUUGAAGAUUGUUAAGGGAAAGUCAAUGGCUUUUGUUGGUGAUUCAAUUGGGAGAAAUCAGAUGCAAUCUUUACUGUGUCUCUUGAGUCCGGUUGCUCGGCCAGAGGACAUUACAACCAAAUAUGUGUCAAAUGAUGACCUAACAUAUUUCAAAUGGUGGUUCUAUGCUGAUUAUAACUUCACCAUUACAAUGCUGUGGUCUCCUUUCUUAGUGAAAUCCUCUAAAUCUUACAUCUACAAUAGUUCUAAUUUCUACAAACCCGAGAGUCUAUAUCUAGACGAACCAGAUACAGCUUGGACGAGUCGAAUUGAAAAUUACGACUAUGUAAUAUUCUCCGGGGGACAAUGGUUUUUCCGACCAUUCACAUUCUACGAAAACAAUCAAGUUGUUGGAUGUCAAAAAUGCAACAACUCAAUAGAACUCAACUAUUACGGAUACAAGAAAGCAUACCGAACCGCGCUCAAAACUAUUAUGAAUCACAAACAAUUCAAAGGAUUAAUAAUUUUGGCGACACAUUCUCCGAAUCAUUUUGAGAACGGCGAAUGGAAUAAAGGCGGAGGCUGUAAUAGAACACGGCCAUUUAGUAAUGAACAAAAAUGGGAAGUGCAUCCUUAUGGUCUAGAGAUAUUACACCAAAUACAAAUGGAUGAGUUCAAUGCUGCAAAGAAGGAUGCAGGCGAAAAUGGCUCGCGUUUUGGUUUGAUCGAUAUAACGGACGCGAUGUUGAUGAGGCCGGAUGGACAUCCUAACAAAUACGGGCACGCGUCGGAUAAAAAUGUGAGUGUUAAUGAUUGUGUUCAUUGGUGUAUGCCGGGUCCUGUAGAUACUAUCAAUGAGAUUUUUCUCUAUAUGAUCAUGAGAAUGAAGUUAUGA